GAUGGCUUUCAUUCAUGAGUAAGAGAUCUACUACGCCGCACCGUGAAAAACCCGGCCGGUGUCCACCACAGCCUCACUGUUAAAGGACGCUUCAUGGAUGUAUAACCGCAUGUCGCUGUUUGAAGAGCAGAGCGCGAGGAGUUUUUCUUUACCGAUAUAAACCAGGAGUUCCUCAAGAAUUUAAACUGGAGCGAUUUCUCCCUCAGCGAGGGGAGCUGGAUUAAGUUUCUUCAUGCAACUGUUUUGGAAAGAAACUAAGACCAUUUCACCGGGAAACAACACAAAGAUUAAAGUAACCCUCCCUUAGUAACCUUCUUGCUGCCCUGCCGCUGCAGGUGACACCGCGCGCUCUCUGGUUAUCGCAGGUGCCGCCUUCUCUUUCAGUCCCUCCGGGGAGAUGUACCAAGGGUUCCCCGGCGACCCCGACAGCGGAUCCCGUGGAAGCUCGUCUCCCUCUAUAGAGUCCCAGUAUCUAUCCUCCGUGGACUCCUUCGGGAGCCCGCCCACCACCAGUGCUCCGCAGGAGUGUGUGUCAGCAGGCACCGGCUUGAGCAUUGUGGGCAGCGGGCCAGGGAGCGGUGUUGGAGGUGAGAUGCCCAGUUCAUUUGUGCCCACCGUCACCGCCAUAACUACCAGUCAGGACCUGCAGUGGAUGGUGCAGCCGACGCUUAUCUCCUCCCAGGCCUCUGGGCAGAGUAGCUCCACUGGCACUACCACCAUGACUCAGCCAGUGUCACUGGUGGACCCGUACGACAUGCCGGGACCCAGCUACUCCUCUGGGUCCUGUUUCACUCCUCCCAGUUCAGAAAAUCCAGCUCCAGCUGCGCCGGGCCCCAUCCGGCAGUCCAGGCCCCGCAGCCGCCGUGCACGAGACGAGUCUGUGAGUGAGGAUGGAGAUGUUGGUGUGUUAUUAACACCUGAGGAGGAGGAAAAGAGGCGGGUUCGUCGUGAGAGAAACAAGCUGGCUGCUGCCAAAUGCAGAAACCGUAGACGGGAACUGACAGACAGACUGCAGUCGGAGACUGACGUACUAGAGGAGGAGAAGGCAGAGCUGGAGGCAGAGAUCUCAGAGCUUCAGAAGGAGAAAGAGCGUCUGGAGUUUGUACUGGUGGCCCACCAGCCAAACUGCAAGAUUCCAUACCAAGAUCCGGCUCAACAGCCUUCAGCGACGCUCACUCAAGUGCAGUCCCAGCUCGCUCCUCAGAACCUGCAACCUCCAGUCUCCAUUGUGGGUUUGACUGUGAAGGAGGACUCUUUCUAUCUCCCUCCUGCCUACACGGCUCACCCGACCCACACACAGCCCCAGCCUCCGGUGCAGCAGCAGCCGCAAGUCCAGCAACAGCUCCCCCAAGCAGGCAUGAUGCAGGAGGUAGAGUUUUCUAGUUCUUUCUACGGCUCAGCUGAGCCAGCCCCUGGUGGGCCAUGCCUCAUGGCCAGUGACAGUGGUGGUGGUGUUAACCAUGACGAUGCUGCCAUUGGCAGUUACAACACCUCAUACACAUCUUCAUUUGUGUUCACCUACCCAGAGGGAGCCUGCGGGGUCAGUGCCAACCAGCGGAACAGCAGUAGCGAGCAGUCAUCUGAUUCCUUGAACUCGCCUUCCCUGCUGGCGCUCUGACUGACCGACAAACAUAUGCAUGCACAAAUUGCCACUAACACACCCCAUGCUCAUUGGAUGCAGAGGCUGACACAAGUACAAUCAUCAGUCUCCCAGAUUGAGGAAAAACAGUAUGCCAAUCAUUUGAAACCUGAUUGGGUGACUUUUCCAGAAAUGCAUUCCUAUAAAGAGCCAUAGAAAA